UUGGCUGCUGUUUUGUGAGGACAGCAUGUUUUCCUGCCUGGUAGCUCCACCUCUUUUCAUGUGAUGGUUUCUCUUUCCUUUCCUCCAGACGAAAGUAUUCUGCUGUUUCCUGCUUUUCCUCUUCGGGGGAAUUUCCAGAAGAGCCACCAUGGAAAUCCAAGAAGUGGACCUCCGAGAGAUGGGCACCCUCAUCCAAUCCCGUGUGGUCCUGGAAGUCUCCAGUCAGGUCCAGUCGCUCCUGGAUUCAAUGGAGACCACGACGCUUGAGAUUGCAGUGACUGGUGAAUCGGGUGCUGGAAAAUCCACCUUCAUCAAUGCGCUGCUGGGACUUAAUGACGGAGACCCCCGUGCCGCCCCUACUGGAGUCACGGAGACCACCUCUUCACCCACGCCUUAUGAACACCCUCGCCUGCCCAGAGUCCACAUUUGGGACUUGCCAGGGACAGGCACCCCACGUUUCCAAGCCGAGACCUACCUGCAGCAGGUGGGGUUUGAGAGGUACGAUUUCUUUAUCAUCAUAGCCUCUGAGAGGUUCCGGGAGAACCAUGCCAAGCUGGCCCGUGCAGUGGCCGCGAUGGGCAAGCGUUUCUACUUCGUGCGUUCCAAGAUUGACCUUGACCUUCAGGCUUCGCGGCAACGAAGGCCGACCAGAUUUGAGGAGGUCCAGGUGCUCAGAGAGAUUGAAGCAGACUGCAUCUGCCAGCUGAAGCAAGGAGGUCUGGACUCCCCCAAGAUAUUUUUGAUCUCCAGCUUUGAGCUGCAUAGAUUUGACUUCCAGCGCUUGGAGAACACUCUCGCUGAGGAGCUGGAGGGUCACAAGAGGCAUGUCUUGCUCCUUUCAUUCCCUUCUGUCACUACCGAAGCUGUGCAGAAGAAAAAAGCUUCGCUGCGCAGGAACAUUUGGAAGAGGGCUUUGAUGGCCUGUUUUGUCUCAGCUUUACCCGGCCUCCCUUUCCAUCUGAACAUCCCCAUGCUCAUCAAAACCCUGGACUCCUAUCGUAGGAGUUUUGGGCUGGAUGAUGACUCUCUGGGAGCCUUGGCCCUCACAUCCUCAAAGGACCCUUCUCAACUGAAAAACCAGGUGUCUUCAACAUUAGCGAGGGAUCUCUCAGAGAAUGCCGUCCAUGUCAUCCUGAGUCAAGCGGCCACUUAUGGAAAGGUGGUUGCUAGGUUAUUGAAGGACCGGGUGCCCCUUUUGGAUAACCUGGUGGCUGGAGGCAUCUCUUUUGUAGUGGCCUAUUACCUGCUCCACACUGCCUUGGAUAACUUUGCAAAAGAUGCUGAGCGAGUUCUCCUCACAGCCUACGAUUUGGAGGAUGAAUUCCAGAAGUCAGUUUUUUACCCUCCAGAACCUGGCUUUAUCUUUGAUUGAAAAUAGAUGGAGCUAUUCAGGAAUAAUUAUGGAUGAUGGGUUUUCACAUCCCCCCUUUUAUGGUUUUCUUGCACAGAGUUCCUUUUUCUCCAACUGAUCAGGGAGACCCCCUAAACGUUUCCCCUUGACAUUAAGUCUAGUCAAGUCCACCUCUGGGGAGUGGUGCUCAUCUCCAUUUCUAAGCCUAAGAGCUGGCAUUGUCCGUAGAUGUCUCCAAGGUCAUGUGCCUGGCAUGACUGCAUGGAGCACUGUUACCUUCCUGCCGAAGCAGUACCUAUUCAUCUCACAUUUGCAUUUUUUCAACGUUUUAGGUUGGUAGAAGCUGGGACUAACAUCGGGAGCUCACCUGUCCCAUGGACCUUCCGUUCUGCAGCUUAGCGGUUUAACUCGCUGUUAUAUGGGAAGGAAUGGGGUGGUAAAAAGUUUGCUAACUCCAUAAACAAUUAAACUGAAUGUAAUAAUAGCAAGGUCAGUUCUCACACAUGGUGGCACUUGUUGUUCUAUGCUUUUGAAUUGUUUCUCAUUUAGGGACACCCUGAGGUGAAAUUUUAUGGUUUUAUUAACAAGAUUAGUUCAGAGGCAGAUUGCUUUGGUCUCCUUCUGAGGCUGAGAGAGUAUGACUCGCCCAAAGUCAGCCAGUGGUCUCUAUCACAAUGCCAGGGCUCUGCCUUUACAGAGGCAGAGAUGAACCAAACAAAAACCCAGUUUGUAUGAAACAAUUUAAUUAAAACAGCUCUUACAUUCUGGCUGGUUUAAUAGUCCAAAAUAUAAAACAUAAAGAUUUCACUCAGCCACAUAAUUUAAAACAAAAACAGCAAACACUGUUGCCGGUUCAAGAUAACUCCAUAGUCAAAAGGUCCAGUCCAGUGGUUAAACGCUGAGAGUUCAAUAAACAAAGUCCAGGGAUCAAGAGUCUAUAUCAUAGUCAAAAGCCAGUCCAAAGGUUCAAGGAUUCCAAAGGUUCAAAAGACAGGUCAGGACACCAAAAAUCCACAAACCUUGGAAAAAACCAGCAGCAUCUACCACUAAAAUAAGACAAAUACUUUUCUCCCAAAGAUUAGUCCCAAUACUAGCUCCUUAUAUCCAGAAACACCCAGCUGCAACCCAUCUUUUGCAUACCUCCACCCUUGAUUGCUUUCACCCAUGAACUCUUAUAGAUUACUCAACCCUUUAGAACUAAGACAUAUAUUAACCCUUUCAUCAUCAACCACCAUCAACUGCAGAACAUAAUACAUGACAGUCUCCAUGGCCAAGCGGGAAUUUGAAUCCUGGUCUGCAGAAUGCUUGCCCUUAAUAAUGUUGAAUUCUCAUAUAUAUGAAAUUUAUUUAUGUAGAUGAAAUGUGAGCACCCUUAGUUAUAGAGGACUGAGGACCAAGAAGAUGGGAUUUUCGAAACCGUAUUUGACUGCACAUAUGUUGCUUCUUUGAGAGAAAUGAUUUUAGGGCUAAGUGGGUUUAACACUGGGAGAACAUGGAGGACUUUAUCACACGAGGCUGAUAAAACACAACUGUGAAAGGAUAAAUGCAUCUGUUGAUGGGACUUACCACAGGACAUUGUGUUUUUCCCCUCGUAUGGCUCUUGAAUGGUGUUUGGGUCACCUCUUUCCAUUGACAGGAAAAUCCAUCAAUGAAUCCAGUAUCACUAUUGUUCCAUCACUUUUUGUUGAGUGAUAAUUCUGUGUUGCAAAGGGUGAGUGCAAUAGAAAAAUAUCAAAAUAAUUGGACCCCCCCCCCCCCACACACACACACAUUACAUGCAUUAUAUGGAGGCCUGCUCUUGGGAAAUUGCAGGUCCACAGUGUAAAAUUCAAGAAUUGGAAGCGAGCACAAGGGCCAUCAAGUGUCUUAUGGUGGCGCGUAUACUUGCACAGUUGAAGCACUAGCUGCAUGUGCUCAUAGUAUCAUAUGACGGGCUGUGGUGACUCAUGCCUUAGCUAUAUCAACCCUCUACAUCUGCAGGUUUGAUCUGUGCAGAUUUGAUUACUCAUGGAUUUAAUGAAAAUGUUCUCUCUAAGAAUCUCUCGGACCUCCCAGUUCAAUAAUGUGGUCAAAUUCCAGGAAGUUGCCCAAGUUGACCUAGAAAUUCCUAGAGAAGUGUUCUCUCUGGAAAAAAAGAAAUAGCACUUUUAUGGGGUUCCUGUGCCCCUAACCAUAGUGAAAGGGGAGGGUUGACUGCACUUUAAUGGGGUUCCUUUGAAAAACUUUAGCUGAAGCCAGAUUGCAGAUGAAGCUAGUUCCAAAGAUAGUACAAUCCCUUUGUUUACAAUGGCCUCCCCGGCUAUUUCCAAACACGGUUCCAAGUGUGGAUUAUGACCUAUAAAGUCUUAUACUGUUCAGGUUGUCUAAAUAAAUUCAUUAUCCCAUAUGAUACUGUCUGGAUUUUUGAGGUCUUUGGAAGAAGUUUUCUUCAUCAUCCUGCCACCCCUACAGAUGUGUUUUGUGGGAACAUCACAAAAGGGCCAGCUUGAUGACUGCUUCUAGGCACUUAAUGGUUUUGAUUUUCAAAUGUUUUUACUAAUAGAGCUUCUUAACCAAAUCUUGUUUGAAAUGUUGUUACUUUCUUUAAUAGACAAACUGUAAAUAAAUAAUGCAAAUGGAACAAUCUUUAUCUUUGAGUAGAAAUAUUUUUUAUAAUGUGACUAAUGGGGAUAAAGUAUGCCUUAUUAAUAUGUGCAACCUAAAAAGUAUUUCUUAUGCAAUAAAAUCUUUAUUCUUCCACA